AAACUGACAAAAAUAUUAUUGCAGAUUACCUCUCACGAGGAAACUAGUCCAAAUAUACAAGAAAAAAUACUAGCUGCCAUAACUACACUUUGCCAAAAAGUGGAAAGUCUUGACAGUGAAGUGCAACUAUUGAAGAAAGCAUAUAAUGGUCAGCAGCAUGACUCUAAAUAUGCGGAGCUACGUCGUCCGGCAGACGAUAAAAGGUCAGAACUAAAAGGUGACGUUGAGAAACACCUAAAAACUCAAAAUACUAACAAAUUAUCAACUGCAGGUACAAAUGAAGCAAGUACAAGUAAGGGAAAAAAUAUCAAUUUAAACAAUCUAUUUGAAAAACCAUUCAUUCACAGAAAACAAAUUAUAGAUAUAACACCAAGUCCACAAACUUCUACCUACGCAGAAAGCCUAAACAGAGAAAAGAAGAUAUAUAACCAUAUUACCCAAUCAUAUAUCAAAAACAUAUAUACAAUCCAAACUUUUUUAAACCUCAAGCCAAGAUCUACUACCACUACAGAAAAAACAAAGGAUUAUGUAACCCAACAUUUGCAAGGCUACAAUAAACUAAUCGCACAACCUAAAACUAACCCAAACUUGGUUAGAACUUGUUACAGUUAUGGACUACUUAGUACGGUAUAUACAUAUGAUGGUACAGAAAUAAGUGGAAUUCCUGAGAUCCACAAAACCUUUUUAACAUACAAAAGAAUUACAAAAGGCAACCUAUUUUUUAUAAAAUUUUAUACAGCACCAGCAGAAAUACUUUUUGACGAAAUAAAACCAACUAUCCAAGUUGUCAAAAUGGGAUUGACACGGGAAAUGAUAAUACCAGAGGAUAUAUCGGCACAGCCAGAAAUACCUAAAGUUGAGAUACCUAUUUUUUAUGCAAAUAAAAGAACAAUUGGGCUAUCAACUAUAAUCCAAGAACUAGCUACAAAUUAUCUACAAGGAAUUGCUAGUUGGAGUUAUUAUUCCAGAGAUCAUUUAACGAUAUAUGCAAAUUCCAAAGAAGUUAGGACAACAGAUAUGGCAAAAGUACAGAGAUGGAUAUUAUCUUUGUUAAAGCCAGAAUUACCACCAACAACUAGAGCUUUGAAGCAAGGAUUUAUUUUGAAAGAAUUAUUAACCAGAUAUUGCAAACUGAUUGGACAUAAGUAUCAGGAACAUAUAUGUUCAAAAUGCAAUGGAGAAGAUAACUAUGUCCCAGACGUACAGCUGGAAUGAACUAAGAAGAAGAAAAUAAAAGAAAAAAUAGACAUAAAGAUAUAUGUACAAAUUAGUCAAUUUGUAUAGUUUUGCUUUUUUGAGUCAUGUAAAUUGUCGGCCAAGAAGGCCGCUCUGAUACCAAUUUGGGGGAGGGGGGGGGGGGUGAUCGACUAUAUUGCAGAAUUGUAAGAUAAGAGAGAUGUAUGGAUGGUUAGUGAUUGAUGAUUUAUUUACAAAGGCAAAUGCCACUUAUAUACAAGUUCCUAAUGACCUUUCA